UGGUGCCUGUUGGUGCCUGUUGGUGCCUGUUGGUGCCUGUUGGUGCCUGUUGGUGCCUGUUGGUGCCUGUUGGUGCCUGUUGGUGCCUGUUGGUGCCGGGUGUCACGGUGGAUCGUUGCGGCCUCGCCCCUCCCGGCGGUCUCGGUGUCGGGGCCGGUGCUGGCAGCGCUCGGGCUUUCAGGCGCAGAACGGCUCCGUUGUGGCUGGUAUAAAAGAGGAAAGAAGAGGAGGACCGGGAAAGAUAACUGGUGGAAGCGGUGUGAAACCUGGGAGGGGGACGCUGCGGGGAGUCCCUGAGAGGAGAAGAAGAAAAUAGUGACAACGGGGAAAAGAAAAGACUGAGAGGCAGAGCUGGAGCUGGUGAAGAAAGGAGAUUUGUGUUGGGCGUCGCCAGGAGAGGGCCUUGAGAGGAUCGAGCAGAGCCGGGUUGUUACAGGAGGGCGGUGCAGUUCUGAUGACAGCUCUCCAGCACGCAGAGCUGACGUGCUAUGGGAGACUCCGCAGUGCAGGCUCCCCAGCGAACACAGACUCCAGGAGCCCUCUGCCUUUAUUUAUGCUGAUCAUCUGUGUCACUGAGACAGAGCUGUAGCCAAAAUUGAAGAUGCCACUCUUCUUCCGUAAGAAGAAACCCAGCGAUGAUGCUCGGAAGCGCCUUGAAUACCAAAUGUGCCUGGCAAAAGAAGCUGGUGCUGGUGACACUCUUGACAUAUCCAAAUGUGAACUCUCAGAGGUUCCUUACGGGGCCUUUGCAACUUGUAAAGUCUUGCAAAAAAAGAUGUUGAUUCUUCAUACCAAUAAUCUGACAUCUUUAGUUCCAAAGUCCUGCAGCCUCCUGAGUCUUAUAACUCUGAAGGUUCUGGACCUGCAUGACAACCAGCUGGCAUCGCUUCCUGCUGAUAUUGGUCAACUGACAUCUCUUCAGGUCCUGAACCUUGAAAGGAAUCUUUUAAAAUGUCUUCCGCAAUCUGUAGGAGACCUUGCCCAGCUCCAGAUACUCAAUGUGAAAGGUAACAAACUGAAAGAGCUGCCUGUGACCAUGAGUGGCUUGCGGAGCUUGCGCACUCUGGACGUCAGCGAGAACCUGCUGCAAGAGCUGCCGCGAGUGCUGGCUUAUGUCCGCACGCUGGAGACGCUGACCCUGGAUACCUCUUCCAUGACCUACCCAUCACCUGAUAUUUGCAGUGCAGGUACAGAGUCCAUUCAGCAGUUCCUCUGCAAAGAAUGUGGAAUUGCGUACUACCCUCCCUCACAGUAUCUGCUCCCCGCACUGGAGAGUGAUGGAGGAGGAACCUCAGUGGAUGGUGAGAACACGACAGUACAUAAGUAUUUGGAGGAGGAGAGCGAGUGGCAGAACAAAUUCUUGGAUUAUGAGAAGAGGAAGGAGAAAAAAAUGCAGGAGAAGCUGGAAUUUGAGCGGCGCCUGAACAUGGGGCAAAGAGAACAUGCUCUGCUUGUUCAGCAGAUCAACAGUCAGAAGGAUGAGAUACUGCAGACAGUAAGAGAGGACAAGCUGAGGCUGGAGGAGGGUCUGUCAAAGCACCAGCGCUACUUGGAGGAGGAGCGCCUGAAGCUGCUGCAGCAGUUGAAGCAAGCAGAGCAAGGCAUUACCAGCCGUAUCCAGAAGCUGCUAGAGGACAACCACAGGCAAAAACAAAGUUCAGACAUUCUGAAAUCCUUGGAGAAUGAGAGAAUAAGGAUGGAACAGCUGAUGGCAAUAACACAGGAGGAGGCGGAGCAUCUGCGCAGAAGGGAAGUGGCCUCUGCCAUGCAACAAAUGCUGGCUGAGACCUACAAGAACAAGUUUAUCCAAAUGACCUACGAGGCUCGUCGGCAAGACCUUGUCAACCAGGCCUGCUCCAGCCUAGCCGAGAUGGAUCAGAAGUUCCAGCAAAUCCUGGCUUGGCAAGAGCUGGAUCAGAACAAAGCUGUUAGUCAGAUCUUGCAGCAGAUUGAGAUGCAGAAAGCUGCCUUUGAAGCUCUCCAAGUGAAGAAGGAUCUCAUGCACCGGCAGAUCAGGAACCAGAUUAAAUUAAUAGAAACAGAGUUAUUGCAGUUGACACAGCUGGAGUUAAAGAGGCAAGAACUGGACACAGAGACGCUGCAGGGGGUGAUCACAGAGCAACGCCAAGCGCUUGGCUACCUGCUGCAGCAGCUGCUCAAAGAAAAGAAGCAAAGGGAACAAGAGCUGCGACAAAUACUGCUGGAAAUGGAGGCAAAGAGUGAAACCAAACAGGAGAACUACUGGCUGAUCCAGUACCAGCGCCUGCUGAACCAGAAGCCCCUCUCCCUGAAACUCCAGGAGGAGGGCUUGGAGCGGCAGCUGGUGAACCUUUUAAUUGAGUUGUCUGCAGAACAGUAUGUGCCAGUCUUUGCACAUCAUCGAAUAUCCUUGCAAGCACUCAGCACCAUGACUGCCAGUGACCUGGAAAAGAUCGGUGUGGCAGAGGCUGGCCUGCAGCGUGCCAUCCUCAAGCGAGCUCAGGAGAUCCUGGCUGUGGCAGAGACCAUCCCAGAGCUGCUGAGGAAGGUGGAUGCUGAGGUCCCUGCAGCCCCAGAACCCAGUGCUCCCUUUGAGGAGGCUCCGAGCCCUAUGGUCCCAACGGCUCCCCUGCUGCAGUGGGAUGAGAAGAAGUCAGAAUGUGUCGUCUGCAUGGAGCGAGAGACCCAGAUGAUUUUCCUGCCCUGUGGCCACGUCUGCUGCUGCCAGACCUGCUGCGAGCGGCUGCACACUUGUCCCCUGUGCCGCAAGGAUGUCACACAGCGCAUCCGCAUCUUCCACAGCUGCUAAGCAGGAUGGAGGAAGGCGACCCUGCCUGGCACUGCCUCCGUCACCCCUUCCCAGGGCGAUGCCCUUCUUCUACUCCGUGUCAGUAGUAAAGAGACACUCGCACAGCACGACCAGCACUGCCCGCCCUGCACGGCCCCGCGCUGGCUGCCAGCUGCACCCACCACUCUCCGCAUCCUCCACGUUCCCUGAUGGCUUCUCAGCCUCCACCUUGGCUUCCCUCUUCAUCCACGUCCUGUCCUCCUGCCUGCUGCCCAGCAGCAUCCUCUCGCCUGGGAGCGCUGGCUGAUAGAACUGGGCUCAUUUCUGCCCUCUCCUCGCUGGAUAAGGUGCGUUUGCCUUCAGAAAAUGCCCUUCGCUCAGCAGGGACGCAGUUGGUGCCACAUCUGAGGCCACUGUGACCUUGCAGCUCCUCCUUGAGCCGUUGCCUGGCAGUAGGUGAAUGGGAGGACUCGGCCAGGGCAGUGCAAUACUCUGGAGUGCUGACAGUGCCUUGCACCUUUCUCAUGCCAAAGGCUUCUUCUCUGGAGACCCACGGAAGCAAUUGUGGGGCACUGGUGGGCUGCAGCCACAGCCAAUGGGUGCCAGGGCAGAGCCAGGAGCUCCCUGACCCCUAAUUCAUCCUCCUGCUGUUGGGGAGAGCCUGCAGCGGCCUCGGAUCUGGGACUCAAGGAUCCCACUCUGGCCAGAGGGAGCUCAGUGGGAUUCCUCAUCCCAAAACCAGGGGUUGUGAGCAGAAAGUGUUGCUGCCAUCCGACAGCUCUGGUGGGGAGUGGGCGGGGAGGCUGGGGCCGUGCAGCGCAGCUCUGCAUGGCCUCUGUGCGGUGGCAUGUGGGAAGGUCUCCAUUGUCAUUAAUAAGUAACAAUUCCCAUCACUUGUCUGGCUCCUGACCUUGAAGUAUGAAAUGCAGACGCCAGCCCGGUCCCACUGCAGUCCCCGGAGCAUUAAAAAGCAGCUGGUUUCUGCUGGCGAGCGUUUGCUGCCUUUUUCCUUCUCGGAGGGGAGGAUGCUUGGAAGCUGGGGGCUGUGGAGCGGUGGCAGAGCCACCGUGUGCCCAGUUUUCCCCGUGUCUCCACCUCCUCUCCCAUAUAAAACUGGGAAAAAUUGGAGGAUCAUGGUCUUCUCCAAAGGUGUUGCUGCAGAGCAGCCCUGAGGAAUUCCAAGCAAUGAGAGGCUCCGGAUCCUCACUAGGGUCGCCCUGUGUGUGUGCGCGCCCGCACGGCCCUGUGGGGUGGUUGGUGCUGCCAGCAGUGACUCCACAGUGACUGAGCCCUCGGGGUCAGCCCGGGGAUGAGUCCCUGCUGCAGCCCCUGCCAUCGUGUUGAGCCUGUGGGAGCCACUGGAUGCCAUCCAG